AUGACUGAUUUCGAUUUUAACAGUGAAAUAUCACUGGCAGUAUCGCAUAAUUCGAUCCUGCACAUUUGGUCAUUCAUUCUCACCACAUGUCUAUUGGUCACAGUAUUAGCGAUUUACAGAUAUGUGUCCUCUCAGUGCACGUAUUGGGAGACACAGGGAGUGAAGACCGUAAGCGUUGGUCUAUUGACGAGAUUCACGAAACAAUGGCACGAAUGGGAACACGAGUUGUGUAAACGAAACGGUAAAAUAUUUGGGAUUUACGAAAUGACAAAACCCGUACUCUUUGUGUCGGACCCGGACUUGAUUCGUGACAUUUUGGUCAAAGACUUUCAUAUAUUCAAUAAUCGACGGGACUUUAGUACCGGAGUUGAGCCGCUGUUGGAUAAUAUGCUUACUGUUGUGAAAGACGAACAGUGGAAGAAAAUACGGUCAAUAAUGUCGCCGACAUUCUCGACGGGAAAACUGAAAAAAAUGAUGCCUUUGAUAGUCGAGUGUCGGAACAGUUUGUUCAACAAUUUGGACAAAAUCGCCAAAACUGAUGGACAGACAGAUAUGAAGAGACUAUUGGGCGCAUACGCUAUGGAAGUGGUAAUACAAGUGGCUUUUGGCACAAAAGUGGACGCAUUGUUUGAUGAAAACAACCCGAUUAUAGUAAAUGCGCGCAAAGUAUUUGGCCAAAAUAUAAACCCGAAAUUAAUUCUAGUUUUAUUUGCGCCAAAAUUGGCUAAAUUAUUGAAAAUCUCUCCGUUUGACAAAAAAGUUAUGAAUUUUUUCAAAGAUUUAACGCUUAAUAUAAUUGAAGAAAGAAAACGAAAUAACGAUAGCGUUAAGAGAAUAGACUUUUUGCAAUUAAUGUUGGAUUCAAUGCAAAACAAUAUUACUCUCGACAGCGAAGAGAAUAAAGACAACGAUCACGAAAAGUACAAAGAAAUACAGGCAACCGAUGAUAUCGACAAAACGCUCACAUCCGACGAAUUGGUGGCCCAAUGCGUGCUUUUCUUUUUGGCCGGUUAUGAGACGUCCGCCACAACAAUGUCUCUGUGUUUACACCAAAUCGCAAAACAUCCAGAAGUGCAGCAAAAACUAUAUCUUGAAUCGAAAAAAUAUUUCGAUGAAUACAAAGGCGUCGAUUACGAUGAGUUAAAUUCGCUGAAAUAUUUAAACGCCGUUAUAAUGGAAACCCAACGCCUACUGCCGGCCGCCCUCUUCUUGGAAAGGGUUCCCAAUGAAGACUACGAGUUGAGGGGCACCGGAAUCACCAUUAAAAAGGGUCAUAUCGUUCACAUCCCGUUGUAUGCCAUGCAAAGAGAUGCCGACAACUUCGCCGACCCGGAAGUGUUUAGACCGGAGAGGUUUUUGCCGGAAAACAUAGCACACCAUCCGUACGCAUACCUGCCGUUCGGCGCCGGACCUCGAAAUUGCAUUGGUAUGCGUUUGGCGCAAAUGGAGGUCAGGUUAGGUCUCAUAUCACUCGCCAAUCGAUAUCGCUUCUAUCCCUCAGAGAAACCAUUGGAAUUUUUUACCUCUGGAGGCGGAAUGAUUCCCAAAACUGUGAUGGUCAAAAUGGAGAGACGCGCGUGAAUUUAUUCUCACC